AGAAAGCGCACUCGCGGAGUUGGAAACUGGAUGGAGCCGAUUGAAGUACACACUUUAGUUCUAUUAAGUGGAUUUUGACAGCGGAUCCCGGGUUUUUGCCUGAAGACUACGGCGUUUCCUACUGGAUCUUAUAACGUGACCACUGGGAGCAAACCUAUUAUCGACAAGAAACACAGCUGGCAUGCGCUAAUAUGGAAACCAAACCAUUCUUGUCUCUAGGACUCCUGAAAAACGCAUGUUCAGGAGUGCCGCAGUGUUUGCGGAGCCGGCUGGGCGAUGCUGGCAGUUCGCCCGAUGGCUGCUCUGGCUUAAUGGGUUCGUACCCACUACAACAGCACAGGAUAUGCACAGACUCCUCUGGUCAACUCUCAUCGUCGCCUCUCAGCUCAUCUACGGGACAUCGGGGCAUCGGCAGUCACCAUCUUCACCCAGGGCUGCUCAGCCCCUCUGCCGUGAGCUCCAGCCCGGGUCAGCUACACUCACCCAUCAGCACCCUUAGUUCACCUAUCAACGGCCUGUCGUCGCCCUUUCCCAUCAUCAGCUCACCGAUGGGUCACCCUUCCAUGAGCAGUGGCCCGUCCUCCACCAGCAUGGCCUUCAGACCGAGCCUUAGUCCUCAGCUCAGCUCGCCCAUGAAUGCUGUCAGUUGUUCGGAGGACAUUAAACCGCCUUUGGGUCUGAACGGGGUGAUGAAGGUCCUAGCACCGCCCACAGACACGUCCCUCUCCCUUACCAAACACAUCUGUGCCAUCUGUGGCGACCGCUCUUCAGGUAAACACUAUGGUGUGUACAGCUGUGAAGGCUGUAAAGGGUUCUUCAAGAGAACAGUGAGGAAGGAUUUGACAUACACAUGUCGGGACAACAAGGACUGCGUGAUUGACAAGCGUCAACGCAACCGCUGUCAGUACUGCCGCUAUCAGAAGUGCUUAGCCACAGGGAUGAAGAGGGAAGCCGUUCAGGAGGAGCGGCAGCGGGGAAAGGAGCGGAGCGAGGGCGAGUUCGGCAGCUGCGCCAAUGAGGACAUGCCCGUGGAGAAGAUUCUGGAAGCCGAACUGGCAGUGGAACCAAAGACUGAGACGUACGUGGAGGCCAACCUGAGCGUGCCUGCCAACUCCCCUAACGAUCCUGUAACUAACAUCUGUCAGGCAGCUGACAAGCAGCUCUUUACCUUAGUGGAGUGGGCCAAGCGGAUACCUCACUUUUCUGACCUCCCAUUGGACGAUCAAGUCAUCCUUUUGCGAGCAGGAUGGAACGAACUCCUGAUAGCCUCUUUUUCUCAUCGUUCCAUAGCUGUGAAAGAUGGGAUAUUAUUAGCUACAGGCCUACACGUCCAUAGAAACAGCGCGCACACUGCCGGCGUCGGAGCUAUCUUCGACAGAGUGCUGACAGAGCUUGUGUCAAAGAUGAGAGACAUGCAGAUGGACAAGACUGAACUUGGAUGCCUGCGGGCCAUUGUUCUGUUUAACCCAGAUUCAAAAGGACUGUCCAAUCCAGCAGAGGUGGAGUCACUACGGGAGAGAGUCUACGCUUCUUUAGAAUCCUACUGUAAACAAAAAUACCCCGAUCAACCUGGCAGAUUUGCAAAGCUGUUACUGCGUCUGCCUGCUCUUCGAUCCAUCGGCUUGAAGUGUCUGGAACAUCUCUUCUUCUUCAAGUUAAUCGGAGACACGCCCAUCGACACUUUUCUAAUGGAAAUGCUGGAAGCGCCACACCAAAUGACAUAAGGGAAUGACUGUAUUCUUCUGACUGCUUUCCCACAAGUCCUCUCUACAGCAUCGGCAGAGGGUGUAGUUUUAUGUACAGAAUACUAGAAGAGGCCAGCACAGCGCACAUCUCAAUGUGGACUGCUUUGUCCAGACUGAUAGACAUCAUCUCACAGUACACAGUCUAUGAGAGGAUUGAACUGAUUGGUUGUAGAUCAAAAGCAUUGCACAAUCAACUAAAUCCCAUGCAACCUUACGGAAUACCGUAUGGAUCACAUGAGUUUGCAUGUAUGUUUGGGAAGCCUCCGAUUUUUUGUCGUUGAACAUAACAUUGCUUUUAUGCCUUACAGAGGUCUACCUCUGAUUUCCAUCGAGUUCGUACCAUUCACGGCCUCAUCUCCGAACUCGCAAUCAUUUUGCUGUGAAUUUUCUGUUUUCAUAAGAGGAUAUGAAAUUCCUUAAUACCUCAGAUGCACUUCUUCAAGCAGCUGUCCUUAAAAAUGACAUCACUGUCCAGGUGUGCUGGAAUGCCUCGCUUCGGAUUGUAACAUUGAGUUCAGUGUUAACAGCGUGUCCGGAGCCCGUCGAUACGAGACGUCCUGGCCCUGAGUAACUCCCAGGCACUUACAGAAAGUUUUUCAAGUGGUGUUGACACGUCAGAUUGAUGGACGUCCGUCUUUAUGGGGAAGAAACUGCACGCUGUUUGGCUAGUCUUUUUCUUUUAGGAAGACGAGUGAAUAAGAGAGAAUAAAAAGCAGGUGUGCUCCUGGAUAACUUCGUUGUUGAAUUGUGUAUUGAGGACUUUUAGUUUCAUGAUGUAUUGCCUCUAUACUUCAGCAUAUGUAUUUUUUCCAAAGAUUUUCAAUAUUGUUUAUCAUCUGAUAAUUCUAAGCUAUUGGGUGUUUGUGAUUUGAAAAUAUGCAAGGAGUUAAAGGUAUCCAGAUGAAAGUCUGGCCUCAGGGAAUCGCAGGGUUUGGGAAGUGCUUUGACUGCCCCCUAUUGAAAUAGUCGUAACAUUGCAGCUGUACUAAUUUUCUGUGAAUUUGAAACAUGACAUUGGAGCUGGGUGUUUCUUAUCAAACAUUUUGCAAAUAACCCUUCUCCCUCAGGUUGAUACAAAUGCAGAACCGUGUAUUUUUAUUGUAUUUUGGUUUCAUUGUGUCAUCAAAAGCAGUACAAGGUAAUGCAGAUUUCAUGCUAUUGGUUUUGAUACAUCAAACCUCAGUUUAAGAUCUAAACCAGUGUUUUUAUAAUGGAAGGAGAUGAACAUAUGACUAGUAUUGGAUUUUUUUAAGGAAUUCUCUGGACAUAGUGCAGAGGACCUACUGAUUCAGAUAACACAUGCUGGCAAAAAUAAUUAAUUUAUAAAUAAUUGUUAUACACUCUUAAAGGGACAGUUCACCUAAAAAUGGUCAUCAUUUUCUCACCCUCAAUUUGUAACAAACCUCUAUACAUUUCUUUGUUCUACUGAACACAAAAGAUAUUUUAAGCAAUGUUUGUAACCAACCCGUUUUUGAGCACCAUUGACUUCCAUAGUAUUUUUCUUUCCUACUAUGGAAGUCAAUGGUGCUCCUGCUUGAUUACAAAUAUCUUCCUUUGUGUUCAGCAAAACAAAGACAUUUAUACAGGUUUGUAGCAAUUUGAGGGUAAAUGAUGAAAGGUUUUUUUUAUUUUGGGGGGAACUAUGUCUUUAAAGAUAAAGGUGCUACACUGUAAAAAAUCUGUAGAAAUUACAAUAUUACAAGCAGUUCUACACUGUAAAAAAAAUCCGUAGAAAUGACAAUGUUAUUGCAGCUGGGUUGCCGGUAAUUUACCGUAGAUUUAAAUUUAUGUUAUUUACUGGCAAGAGUUUGUUCAAAGUUAUAUACAUUUUAAAUAUUAACAAGUCUUUAUCUUUACAGAAUAAAACUAUAUAAUAACAGCCUCAUGCAAAGCAUUCUGGGAACCAGAAAUCAUCAUCAUCAACCUUUUUCUGUUUUUUGCUUCAGAUUUUGUUUCCCAGAACGUUUUGUUUGAUGCUGUUUUUUUAAGUUUUACUCUGUUAAGACAUAGAAUUUUAAAUUGAUGUUAUUUACUGGCAACAUUUUGUUCAAAGUUGAAUGAACAUUUAACAUUUACAUCUACGGUAAGUUACCGGCAACCCAGCUGCAAUUUCUACGGAUUUUUUUACAGUGUAUGCGAGUAAAAUGUAUGUUAUUUACUGGCAACAGUUUGUUUAAAGUUAAAUGAACAUGAAACAUUAACAAGUCUUUAUCUUUACAGAAUAAAACUAAAAUUACAGCAUCAAUGCAAAGCAUUCUGGGAACCAAAAUCUAUAGGAAAAAACUGUUGUUUUAUAGUUUUAAAACAUAAAUUUAAAGUGACACUCCAAUUUUAUUGAAAAUAUGCUCAUUUUCCAGCUCCUCUAGAGUUAAACAUUUGAUUUUUACCGUUUUGGAAUCCAUUCAGCUGAUGUCCGGGUCUGGCGCUAGCACUUUUAGCAUAG